AUGGCAGUGUGCUGCGAUGCAUACACGCUGCCGCUAUCCCUCCCAACGGGCAGGUACGAAUCUCCGAAUUGCAAGAACAUCAACGUGCGGACUGGGCAGCGGACCGGCCACCUCACGAACUACGCGCUGAACAGCCGGGAGCUGGCGUUCGCGAGGUGCGAGGCCGGGGUCAGCAGCGAGGACGCCUCCAAGCGGCUGCUGUCCACCACGCUGAAGCAGGUGGCCCUCGAGAGUGGCGGGCGAUUCAAGGAGGACGUCUUCUGGGCGCAGAUCGAGGAGAUCGUGUCGCUGCUGUCGGUGGCGCUCCUGCCCGGCCUGGGCCUCGCCGCCUCCCAGUACUUCCGCGUCGGCGAGUCGGAACCUUGCCGCUGCUACCAGGUGCUUGGCCUGGACGUCCUCCUGGACGCGAAUCUCUGGCCGUGGCUUCUAGAGGUCAACGGCCAGCCCGCCAUGGACAUCGAGACGGCCGUGCCCGUUCCGGAUCUCGUGCCGGUGAGGCCGCCGUCGCGGAGUGGGGUGCAUCGCACG